GGGGACAAAGGCUCUGGAAGAAAUGGCAAUGAAGCGUACCACCGCCUUUCCGUCCUCUCUUCUUCUCCUAUUGUUCCUUCUCCCAGUUGCCUGUCCACUCAUCCUCUCUUUGAGCGAGACUCUCUUAGAAAUUAAUUUGGAAGAUCCAGUUUUGGAAUUCGGCUCGCCACCAUAUGCUGGACAGUCAUGUCAUCGGGUUCGGCUGACCGGCAUGUCAAGGUUGAACCUCAAAUCCUAUGCCAGUUCUGUACGCGUGGCAUUGAAAAUUUCAGAUUCCACGGACGGAUGGCUUGGGAGAAACAUACGACUUUGUUUCCACAGGAAUACUUCUAUUGUUGUUUGUCAAUGUGAGGUGUCGCAGUGGGAAUCUUUUCUAAGGAAUGAACGGAAUUCAAUGAUAUCACCCUACGAGAGUGGAUUUAUUGAUGUCAAAAUUAAUAAAGAAACUUCUACCUUCUUUUCGGUUGCUCUUGAGGAAGAGUUUCAUCUAUGGCGUCUGGGUUGCCUUGGUUUUGGAUUACUCAUUUUUCUCAUUGCGCCUGGCAUCAGCAAUUGGAUGCCAUUCUAUUACAGUAGUUCAAUGAUCUUAGGAGUUUUUCUUCUUGUCUUGAUCCUUCUCUUCCAGGCAAUGAAGUUAGUUCCCAUAAGCAGGCGAAAAAUAAUAUACAUUGCAUUCUAUGGAUCCUUGCUGGGUCUUGGUUCUUUAAUAAGAAAUUACUUCUCCAGGAUGAUCACCUUUCUUCUUGUUAGUUGUGGCUUCAGUGAAGAAUCAUAUAAUCUCGUUUCACUUGUUCUGCUGGGGGGAAUAAUCUUUGCAGGAACAUUUUUAGGUUAUUGGUCUGCGCGAAAGUUUGUCCUUUCUGAAGAUGGAUGUGUGGAUUCUGGCAUUGCACAAUUUGUGAAGUGGACAUUGCGUUUGAUCGGCAUAGUAUCUAUUCUCCAGAGCACUAUUGAUGUUCCUUUGGGAUUGCUUGCAUUGGCUACUUGUUGCACAUUUAGUUAUCUCGUUCAUUCCAAGAAGUGGCACCGGAGGUCAAACAAUAAUGGAAGUCUAUGGCAGCGAAGACCUAAGCAAGCUGAAAACUUGAGUUUCGCGUCUAAGGGAACGAGAAUGUCAUUUUGGGGGGGCUCAACUUCAUAUUCUCCGUCACCAAAUGCUGCAGGAAAGGGCUACUCAUUCUCCAAGCGGGUGAAGCAACGGGAUCAAGAUUAUUACUCGACCUACCAUAAUGUGCCAAGAAGAAAGUUCUCCGAGGAAGAAUGGGAGAAGUUCACGCGUCAGUCAACGAGCGCCGCCCUAACCGAGUGGGCGUCAACUCCUGAGGUCAUCAAAUGGAUUGGCAAUAAUGCACAUCGGAUGCGGCUUAUCGAAGAAGACCACAACGAGGAUGACACAUCGGAGUCGGAUUCUCCCAAAGAAACUGUCCCAAGAAAUGAGAGUGAACCAAGUUUCUUUACGUGGUUAUGAACUCAUGUGGUCAUAUUAAUUUUUGGUUAUUUAAUUAGCUUCCAUGUCAAAGGAAGAAUGAUGAAGUUAUUGUUAUUGUUGUUGUGAAAUAAAUAGA